GUAGAAGUGCAGGAUGCCUUCAUGACUUACACAGUGUAUGAUGACAUCAUCACCAUUAAGCUCAUCCAAGAGGCUUGCAAGGUUCUUAGUGUCUCCAUGGAAGCCAUUCUGAAACUCUUUGGGGAAUACUUCUUGAAAUCCUGCAAGAUGUCUGGCGAUGACAGGAUGUUACGGACACUGAGAGGAAAUCUCACGGAGUUUAUUGAAAACCUAGAUGCCCUCCAGAGUUACCUGGCGCUCCCUUAUCAGGAGAUGAAUGCAUCAUCGUUUUGUGUGGAGAGAGGAGCAGAUGGGAAGAUGCUUCUCCAUUACUACUCUGAUAUAAGUGGUCUGUGCCACAUUGUACCAGGUAUCAUUGAGGCUGUGGCCGAAGACUUCUUUGACAUUGACGUGACCAUGGAUAUCCUUGAUGUGAAUGAAGAGGAGGAGAGGACAGGGAAGAAGGAGCAUGUUGUGUUUCUGAUCGUGCAGAAGUCGCAGAGACAGAUGAGAAGGGCAAAGCCAAAGGGAUCACAAGACACUCAGGACAGCCAGAGAGACCAAGAGGCCCUGGAGGCAGCUUUCCUUAGGAUGAAAGAGAAAUAUUUGAGUGUCUGUCCCGUGAAAAAGUCCAGCUGGGAAGUUGUGAGAAGCAUAGUCAUGUUUGGAAAAGGGCAUCUCAGGGACACCUUUGAACCAAUUUAUCCCGAGUGGCUCUGGAUUGAAGAGAAGACAUUCUGCAGUGCUUUUCCCUUCCAUGUGGUAUUUGAUGAAUCAGCACAGUCAGAUUUGGUUCCCAAAGGGCACUUGAAUACAGAAUUAGUAGAACUGGUGUUCUCCAUCCUUGGCUAUCACUGGCACCCAGUUUAUGCUGCAGGAGAAUUUAAAACGUGCACAAUUGUCUUCAGCAACAUAGUGACAUUUACGAACAUCUGUGCUGCCUGCGAACCUAUCCAGAUGGUGAAUAUGCUGAAUUUAAUAUACUCCAAGUUCGACAGGUUAACCAGUGUCCACGAUGUCUACAAAGUGGAAGCAAUAGUAGAUGCUUCUAUGGUGGUAGGGGGUGUACCAGUGCCUAUUGGAAGCCACGCUCAAAGAAUAGCUAACUUUGCCUUGGGGAUGAGAAUGUCUGCAAAAGAAGUGAUGAAUCCUGUUACUGCAGAACCCAUCCAGAUCAGAGUGGGCAUCCAUCCUAUGGCACCAGUCUUGGCAGGUGUCAUGGGGGACAAGAUGCCAUGGAACUGCUUGUUUGGUGACACUGUGAAUACAGUCUGUAGGAUGGAAAGUCACGGGCUUCCCAACAAAAUGCAUCUUAGCCUCAGGGCCUACAGAGCUCUGGAAAAUCAAGGUUUUGAAAUAAUUGAGAGGGGUGAAAUUGAAGUGAAAGGGAAAGGGAAAAUGACCACAUACUUUGUGAUCCGGAACUUGAAUGCUUCAGAGGAUGAGAUCAUGGGGAGACCUCAAACUCGGCUUGAUCCCGAGGGUAAGCAAAAAAGAUAAGCCUCCCCCUGAGGAUCCGUGCCACCAGUUUGCCCUGAACACUCUUCUGUUGCAUCCUGGAUGAAGGGGCUUUUCCCUCAGCCUCUCCUGCAGCUGGGGGAGGAUUUCACAGCCUCCCUCUGCUCUUCAGCCUCCAGGGAGGCUCCAGACAGGCUUUCUUCACACACUGGCAACUUCCACCUUCCUCAUUGUCUGUUGGCUUUGAAAACGGGGAAGAAAGACAAAAUCUGUGACUCACCUGGCUCCAGUAAUGGCAAGAGAGCUCUGGGCGCUUCACCCACUGACAUCGCCUGUCAGGACAGAGGGCUGUACAGGAUUAACAAACUAGGUGUGCCUAGCUCACACCCGAGACCACUUCCUCCCAGACCCCCCCUGCGGGUGGCUCUCAAGCUGGAAAUUUGA